AUGAAUUCCGGCCUGACGGAGCUAGAAAUGGGCGCCGUUUUGGAGCUGAUCCAGCUCAGCGGCGGCGGCGGCGGCUUCCCCGUCCUGUGGGUCGAUUACCCGGCGGAAAAGGAUGGGUCGCGGGACAAGCGAUCGGAGGAAGAAAAGAGCGCCGGCGAGUCUCUUUCGUCGUCGUCGGCUAGCUCAAUCGAGCCGGCAAUCAGCGCCUCCACCGAAUCUCUUCCCCGGAGGAGAAAGCGGCUCCGAUCGCUCGCCGAUAUCUACCUUAGGACUCGACCUUUGGAGAACAAUCGCGGCAAUAAGAAGAGGGCAAGGUUUUGA